UUGGGGCAGGCGGGCCCCUGGCCUCUGGCUGCUUCUCGGCGCCCAGCUCCGUUGUCUCCCUCCCCAGUUGACGUCCGGAUGAAACACCCUCACUACCAGUACAUCUCCGCCUCCGAGUGGCCCCUCAUGGCGUUCUACAUGGCCAUGUGCAUCGUAUACGUGUUCUACGGGGUGCUGUGGUUGGGGCUGCUGGCCUGCUACUGGCGGGACAUCCUGCGUAUCCAGUUCUGGAUCGGGGGCGUCAUCCUGCUGGGCAUGCUGGAGAAGGCCGUCUUCUACGCCGAGUUCCAGAGCCUCCAGAGCCAGGGGGUGUCUGUCCAAGGGGCCGUGAUCUUCGCCGAAGUGCUGUGCGCCGUGAAGCGCAUGCUGGCCCGAGUGCUGGUCAUCAUCGCCAGCCUGGGGUACGGCAUUGUCAAGCCGCGGCUGGGUGCCCUGCUGAACCGGGUGGUGGGCGUGGGCCUGAUGUACCUGCUCUUCUCCAUCAUUGAGGGCGUCCUGCGGGUGAAAUCGGCUCAGGAUGACCUGGUGUUGCUGGCUGCCAUCCCCCUGGCUAUGCUGGACUCUGCCCUCUGCUGGUGGAUCCUCAUCAGCCUGGUGCAAACCAUGAAGCUCUUGAAGCUACGGCGCAACACGGUGAAGCUGUCCCUGUACCGCCACUUCACCAACACCCUCAUCUUCGCCGUGAUCGCCUCCGUCAUCUUCAUCAUCUGGACCACCAAGACCUUCCGGCUCACCAAGUGCCAGUCGGACUGGCGGGAGCUGUGGAUUGACGACGCCUUCUGGAGGUUCCUCUUCUCCAUCAUCCUGCUGGUGAUCAUGUUCCUGUGGAGGCCCUCGGCCAACAACCAAAGAUACGCGUUUGUGCCGCUGGUGGAUGAAGGGAGCGAGGAAGAGGACGAGGACGAGGAACAUAUGGUGAAUGAGGCCUUUGAAGGGAUGAAGAUGAGGGGUGCAAAAAAUGAAGCCAAUGGGAUCCUCAAAGGCAGCCGAGUGGAUGAAGAUUUGAAAUGGGUGGAGGAAAACAUCCCCUCGUCUAUGGCUGACGUGGUGCUACCCCCUCUGCUGGACUCCGAUGAGGAAAUAGUGACCACGAAAUUUGAAAUGUCCAAGAUGGAGUGAGAGAGGAAUCCGCCCUGUCGCGCUGCAGGAUACGCCCAGCUUCCCUCCGUGGCCCGUCGGGGAAGGAGAGUUGCUGGUGGUUUUUCUUUUAAUAUAUAUAUUUGUAUAUGGUUAAAAGAUUAUUUUAUUACCUUUAAGUUUCUAAUUCUCGGGCUUUAACGGACUGGGGAGCUCUCCCCUGCUAGCGGCCCCAGGAGAGCGCCCCCGUCUGGGGAGGAAGACCAGAAUGCACCUCGACCCGGAUCAGUUUCUUUCUCGGACUGGAUUAGGAAGGAAACUGCUUUAAGCUGCUCCGGGCCUCUGUCCCACUGGGGAGCGGCGCUGGCUGGACACGUGCAAGUGGUUUUCUAAUGGGUCGGGGGGAUUGGGGAAUGACAGGCAGACACGUAUUGGGCUCACCUGUUAUGGGGUUCUUGUGGGGGUGCCCGUCUUUCAGGGGUGGUGUCUGGAGGAGGCGAGGGGGGUCGAUCUAAGUGGGAUGGGGUGCUUUUAUAUGGGAAGGCAGGCCGGGAGCUUUGUUUGGGAGCUGGGCGUGUAAGGGAAGGCGGGAGGCAUUCUGGGUGCAGGUGGCAGUGAUGGGUGGCUGGCAGUGACAGGGGCAGGAAUGGGGUAGGGAGAACGUCUGGCUCUUCUGGGGCCCCUCGCAUUCUGCUGCCAAGACCGGGACACUUCCUCUUUCCAGCCCAGAGAGCCUGAGGGAAUCCAUGUGCCAUGUGCAUCCACCACCAGGCGCUGGGGAGGGGACCCCGCCACACUGCUGUGUAUGCUGGGAUCCCGCUCGGCGGCAACUCUGGAUGUGGGAUUCUCCGGGUGGCUGCACCGGGCAUCCCAGCUGCUGCCAGGGACAGUGCCUGGCACAGCGCGUCCUCCCUGAGCCUCUUCGACUCCAGCGGGGGCCACUCAGGGUUUUCUCCCCCAGCUGGGCACCCGCUGAGGCGGAUGGAGUGCCAGGACUUGCCCGUGCCGGUGCCCUCUUCUCCGACGUCGCUCCUGGCUGGCACAGCGGUCGCACCAAGAGACCUGUCCAAGAUCCGCUGAUGCCCCUGCAUCCAGAGAGAAGAGACACCUGGUCCGUGCCAUGGCCCCCCAUUCUGGAACUGACAAGGGUCACUAGUUGGUGCCCUUUGCCAGGGCGAACACGGGCCUGGUGCUUGCUUCAGACUGCGCCCGGCUGCAAACUGGACCUGGCUCGGACUGGGAGGAGGAGGAGGAGGAAGAGCACCAGUAACGACCAGGGACCCGGAGCCCCCGCGCGGCCCUGCCUGCAGAGCCCACCCCGUUCCUGGCGUCGCUGGGCCGCCUGCUUCUCUCGCCCGGCUACGCAGCUGUUUGGUGACUGUCGCGCUGACGAGCCAGCGAGCUGGAAAAUCGAUCACCUGCUGCUUCGCCCUCCGCCGGCAGGAGCGGGGCUGUGAUUGGCCGUGUCUAAUCUUGCGGACAGACCCCCCCCCCCCCCCCCCCCCAAACUCCCCCCCCCCCCCGCCUGAGCCAACAGGAUAUUAACUACACUACACAGCUCGGCCCUGGAGCCCAACCAAACCUGCCCCGUCCCUGUGCCCCUAGAGGGCCCCCGCAGAACUGAGGGCGGCCCGUGGACCCACGUGAGUGGCAGCCAGCCGGGGGCUGCCCGCCGGACUUCUGGGCACGGUUGAGCAGCCCCCUCUUGCAGUCUGGCUUCCCCCAGCAAAGGGCGGGAGUGGUAGAGCCAGGUCCCUCCCCAGUCUGUCGGGAUGGGGUGACUCCUCUGUGAGGCUUUAGAAAUUGACACUGAUGGCCUAGCGCAUCCUCUCCUAUAACCCCCACACACACUCCAUUAGCCUGGCAUGUCGUCUCCCUAUAGCUCCACCAUCUCCUUGCCCUAUAUCCCCAGAACCCUUCCCUAUUGAAAUUCAAUGAGCCUCUGCAUCCCCCAUGCCAGCCUGCGCCCCCCCGGAUGCCAGCUUGACCUAUUUUAAGGGCUGCCCAUCCCACUCCGCCUCCCCUGCCCGUUCCCCACGUGCUUGACAUCUUCCGCAGCGGCACCUUCUCCUCCGCUUUGUGUUUACGUUGCUGUCACCUGCCUGGAGCCAGAUCUGUCCCCUCCGGAAGAUCUUCCUUUUCCUGUCUCCCCGUUUCCUUCCAGCUCUGGCUGCACCAGGAGGGUCCCAUGCCCGCUGACUUCAAUUUUAAACUGUGAAAUGCUUUACAGGCUGUCGGGCGGGGUGAAUUCUGCCCCCAUCACUGGCCAUUUUUUUGGUUGGGGGAGCUCGAUUUUGGGGAGCGCGGUGUAUUGCUUUGCUUGGCCGGGGGGGGGGACUCUGUUUGUGUUACAUCCACUAAUGGUAAAAAGAAGUCACGAUUCGAAA